AUCUCUUCCUGACUAUCGGUCUCAUCUUUAAUUGUCAGCCGGCCCAUCCUUUGGGCGAGGUCAAUAUCAUCUCGCGACGCCUCGCGGCGCCCCGGUCCCUCCCGCACACCAUGGUCCUCAGCUUGAGGGCGAAAAGAUUGUUUGUACCACUGGCGCAAGUCGAAGGUCUCAUUGUUGAGGCUAGCAAUAGGCAAUUCACACGAACGCCCUAGAUGGUGGAGGGUUACUGUGUAGCAGUAUGGAUCUCGUGAGGAGCGGCCAAUGUCGAAGAGCUCGAGUUGCCACCGCGUCGCCGACCUCGGUGUCCCAUGCCUCAUUGUUUUCCAACUCGUUCAGAGGGCGGCAUGCCACAACCUGUCGAAGUCGUCAUAUGCAGCAUAUGCAUCAGCUCGUUCCAAGACCAGAAAGUCGCCGCUUCGCUGUUUCGUGACUACGAAUCGUGGGCCGGGAUCAGUCUGGAUGAGGUGCUCAUCUCCAGGGUAUGGGGCGGCGUCAGUGAGGGCCAUUCGUAUAAAGCGGGCGCGGAUGUCCCCAAGUGGGGUGUGCGUCUCGCCUGAGGGCGAGUUGUACCGAAGAUCACCAUCCAGAUACUCUAGUACGUUGCCAAUUUCAUUCUCGUCUAGGAGCUGGCUGGUACUCCCGCCCUCUCGAUCGCCCUCUAAGUCGAUUGCAAAUGUCUCAAGCACAUGCUCCGUGCUCUCAAAAAGGGCUGAGGCUGUUUCGAAAGUCACUCCGUGUGUCGCCAAGCCCGGGGGCUUCCCCUUCUGCUUCGAGGGUACUGUCUGCAGCUUGGGGCAAUUCCGAGCGAAGUGCCCCUCUGCUUCGCAGUUUAGGCAUUUGUUUGCCGCCAUCAGCUCUUCGCGCUUUUGUGCGGUCAACUUACGCUCCCACGGGCGCUCCGUUGCUUCGCGGCCUGGGUCCUUCUUAUUCUUCGACCCCUUGCUCUUCUCUCCCGAGACAGCUGCCGCUGACGUCUGAAUAGACGCGUCUGGCGAUUUCGACCGCUUCGAGAACUUUCCCUUCCCUCGGGCUUUCUUUCCGGCCUGGGUGCCUGGAGCGGCUGCCCCUGCGUCUCGGGGCUUGUCCUUCUUACCCAGAAGGACUUCGGCCUUUUCAGCGCCGCUCACAACCUCGUCCCACGUUGACGACUCGGGGUUCAGCUCUUGGCGGUACAGCUCUGCCUGUAUUUCGUGCGCAAAACCGCGCCAUAGCCUCACAACCUUUUCCUGGUCGUCAGCGAGCCCGAUCAUAAACAUUGUCCCAGCUUGUCCCGCAGUUUCAUACGGUAAUCUGCCGGGAAGCAGUACUUGAGCAUACCCGCAAAGAAAUCGCUCAGAGUCCACUCGGACUCUUUUUGUACCACUUUUCUGUUAUAGAAAUCGAGCGCUUUGCCCGUGAGGCGAUAACUUAGCAUGAAGAUGUGCUGAUCCUCGGGAAUUUGGCUGCGUCAUCGCUUCCGUCGUAGGCGACGGGUUGAAUUGGGCGGAUCAUUACCUGCCCAGGCCCAUCCAUGAGCAACCCAUGGGAGGCGGCAACAGGCGCUGACGGUGGCAGUCCCACUGGUGCGCCGCCGCGUCUGUGACUUCCUGAGCCACUGUGAGAGCUGCUGGACGAACUGGGUGGAGGGGGUGAUGCUCCCCCGGCCUCUCUUAUGACCCUUUCCAUGUAUCCGCCCGCAGGCAGUAUGUCGACCAGCUGCUGAUCACGCCCUCUAGACCCGGAUUUCGGUCUAGAGGCAGAUCGUGCUCGUAUCUGGGUCUCGAUGUGCGCUCGAGCCAGUGCUUGGGCGUCUGUGAUAGGCGUCCUCGUCGACCUCUUGGUUGACGCUUCUAACUGACGAAGCGGGCUCACUGAAAGUGCCGCGGAGUGCCGCAGGAGCACUCCUGCGGUACUCCUGCGGUACUCCAAAUACUCCACAUCAUUGAUCUCAACGACAACGACAACGAUCAACAUACUAUCCACAUCGGCCGAGUCGUUGAUGGACGUGGGAGUGAUCCGCGCAGGCAGCGGGACUACUGCAGACGCCGUUGUCGUCGGCGGCAGCGAUAGAGAUCCCACUCCUGCGGCACUCCAGAACAUUGUGCCGCAGACUCCACAGCACACCGCGGCACUCCUGCGGAACCUCUGGCGACACUCCAAACAAGUCUGCGGCACUCCAAAAGAGUCUGCGGCACUCCAGUGUGACACAUGUGACAUGUCUGCGGCACUCCAAAGCACAGCCACUCUCUGGAGAGCGCCGCAGGCACAUCCAACACUGUCUGCGCUAGUCAAUCCCUAAUACUUUAACAUGAAUUAGUCGAAUUUCAAUAGAAUUGAAUAUGUAGAUGUCCUGAAAGCCUGUUUUUGGAUCGUAG